CAGUUCUUCCUUAAAGACAUGUCAAGGCUGGGUCUCCACCCUCUUUCCCUCGAUCUCUCUCUCUCUCUCUCCCUCUCCACUCCACUCUCCACCCCCCCAAGCCAAUCAGCGUCUUUCUGUUUUCUCCUAACACAUAGUCCUUUCCCCCUGUCCAGUGGCGGUUUUUCAACGAGCGAACCUCGGCUCGUUUCCAUAAACAUACAAAAUGACGAUACUGUGUGGAAUAAAGACGACAUGGCGGAGCAGUUACAGCAGCUAUUAGGGGAGCAACCUCACCACCACCCCCCCUCUCUCCACACCGCGGGGGUGGAUGAUAGUGGAUGCGUAAUGAGACAAAACAGAAAGGGUUUUUUUCUAAUCAGUUUCAUCCGGAAAUCAGUGUCACCGAUUCGCCUUUGUAAAUGAAAAAUCUGGCUUUUAAGGCUGGCUACCAAACUUGCUUGCGUUUUGAUUGGUGUUUGUGUAGAGGGCAUCUCAUAGGGCCACCCCCCCCCAAUGAGAUUGACACUAUGACAAAAAAGUUGUCAUGGAGAGAGAAUCUUUGUAGCCGCCGUUCCAUGACCGACUGCAAACGUGGUUGAUGGGACGGGUUACAAACAGGCAUCAGCACGUUAACUCCGUC